GCACCCCAAGCGCCGAGGAGCGACCGCGUCGCUGCGAAAUGGCCCCCUCGGGAUGCCCGGAGCCCCCCGCCAAUAACGGAAGCGCGCCGGGACCCAGACAGGGAGGGAAAGCCGGCUGAAGGGGGUGGGAGCGCACGGCCCUUCGGCCGCGUUACGCUUCCUCGCAGCUUCUCCCAGACGCGUUCACCCAGAGGGGCCCUCGGUGCUCGGCGUCGCUGCGCCGGGGCUUCCACCGCGCAACUCUCCGCCGGAGCUUUUCCUUGUUUUAUUUCGCGAUCAAGGAAAACUCACCUGGCUACGCUUCUGGGCCGGCGGGUUUGCCCUUUCGAGUGGAGGAGGACCCCGGAAAAAAGUGGUCUCUCCCCUACGGCCGGUCUCUGGCGCAGAAGUAAAAUCCUUAAGAAGGAAUAAGAUGAAUAAAGUAGGCCACCUGAGGAAGGAAUCUGGCUGAGAAUUUUGUUUGCCCCAUCACAGGAGAUGCAGCUGUAAAAUAAACCAAACUGGUUUUACCAAGCGAGAUAUCGCUCUACAAAAGAGGAAUUUCACACCUAUCUUGACAAGGAAGACCAGCUGAGAAAUGACCCAGAUUGGGCAGAGAACCAUCUUGACGCAGAGCGGGAUGAACCCCCUGCCAAGCUACAGAAGUUGGAAAUGGAUGGGUGUGACAAAGAGAGGCCCCCAGAAGUUGCCCGUGAAAGCAUCAAAGAGCCUCAAGGACGGAAGAGGCUUCGAGGGCAGAACAAGAGCCGUCCGUGCAUGAAGCCAGCUCACUACGAGAAGGACCGCUUGUGUCCCUCAGUAGUUCAGGAACGUACUGAAAAAUGCUUCUAUGGCUCAAAGUGCCGUUUCCUACACGACCUUAAGGAAUAUAUGGCCACAAAGCCACCGGACCUUGGGGAGCGCUGCCUGCUGUUCGAGACAUUUGGCAGGUGCAUUUAUGGGGCCACGUGCAGAUUCGCUGGAGCUCACCUGGGAGAGGACUAUAAGAAUAUAGUGAAUGCUGACCUUUUGAAGCAGUGGGAAGGAAAGUUGGUGGUGCGAAACAGCCUCAGCAAAGACAUUCAGCAGCAGCUGCGCAAGAAAAAAAUGUCCUUUGCCAAAUCCAGCGAGUACCUUCGUUCUCUGGGCAAGCCCCAUCACGCAAGAGGGCCUGGGAACCAAGCUGCCCUGGCAGUUGUGGGGGAGAAAGGGGUCUCAGACUGUUCCCCUUCUAAAGAAACAGAGGAUCCCAAAACUGCCAGAUUGGAGGCACCGGACAAUUCAAACGUAUCAAAAAAAGAUGAUUCUGCUUUGGAAACCUUGAAAAGUGCAAAUCCACCAGCAGAAUCUGCUCUGAAAACAGCUGGUGCGGUGACGGAUGAAGACAUUGUAAAACUGAGGCCGUCUGAGAAACCAAAGCUAGAUCUCCGUGGCAAGCUCUAUUUGGCCCCUCUGACAACGUGUGGGAACCUUCCAUUCCGGAGAAUAUGCAAAGGCUACGGGGCAGACGUCACCUGCGGCGAGAUGGCGGUGUGCACCAACCUCCUUCAGGGACAGUCCUCGGAAUGGGCGUUGCUGAAGCGGCAUGACACCGAGGAUCUCUUUGGGGUUCAGCUGGAAGGAGCAUUUCCAGACACCAUGACCAAAUGUGCUGAGCUCCUGAACCAAACCAUCGAGGUGGAUUUUGUUGAUAUUAACGUGGGCUGCCCAAUUGACCUGGUCUAUAACAAGGGUGGUGGAUGUGCUCUGAUGACCCGCACCAAUAGGUUUGAGCAGAUAGUCCGAGGCAUGAACUCCGUCCUGGAUGUUCCCCUGACUGUUAAGAUCAGGACAGGCGUGCAAGAGAAAGCUAACCUGGCUCACAAAAUAAUCCCCAACGUCCGGGAAUGGGGAGCCUCUUUGGUCACGCUUCAUGGCCGAUCGAGAGAGCAGAGGUACACAAAGGUGGCGGACUGGGAGUACAUAGCAGAGUGUGCCAGAGUGGCCAGCCCCAUGCCUCUUUUCGGAAACGGUGAUAUCUUUUCUUUUGAAGAUGCUAAUCGAGCCAUGCAGAGCGGAGUUUCAGGGAUCAUGAUUGCACGGGGAGCGCUCAUCAAACCCUGGAUCUUCACUGAAAUCAAAGAACAGCGGCACUGGGACAUCUCUUCCACUGAGAGGCUCGACAUCCUUAAGGACUACACGAGCUACGGCUUGGAACACUGGGGCUCCGACACGCAGGGGGUGGAGAAGACCAGGAAGUUCCUGCUGGAGUGGCUCUCCUUCCUCUGCAGGUACAUUCCAGUCGGCUUACUGGAGCGUCUGCCGCAGCGGAUCAACGAAAGGCCCCCUUACUACGUGGGCCGAGACUACUUGGAGACCUUGAUGGCGAGUCAGAACGUGGACGACUGGAUUAAGAUCAGUGAGAUGCUCCUGGGCCGUGUUCCUGCCGACUUCUCCUUCCUGCCAAAGCACAAAGCGAAUUCUUACAAGUAGGGUCUGGGGAGGCCAAAGGAAGCGCCGGCGUCCGUCUCAUGCUGCCUUUCAUCGAAUCAUUAAAAAAAUUCCCAUUUU